CUUUGACGCUGCAAAUUUAACGUGCGCCGUGAUGGAGGAUGAACAAGGUCAAAGUUGUGUCUUGAAGGAAGAUUACUGCUCGUGCGCGACGCGCCGCACGCCAUACUAUUUGCCUGCUUGCAGAAACUCUAGAAGCAAGGUGUUCGCACAGAAAUUGUUCUAGUGCUGCAUCGAAGUCAUCGUGAUCAUGGUCAAGACCCGCGGCGUCUCGUUCCUUUAAAACUUCUCGUCGUUCAUCCUUUGUUGAUGCAGCAGGGAAACAAGUAGGAAACACUCAUAAUCAUGACUAGAUAGCUCCUCUCUUUUUAUUGAAAGUACGACCUUUUUGGCAGUUCUUCUAGUUGAAACGCGAGAAUCGUAGACCCAGGUAACAAAAAAAGAUCAUCAAAAGCCCCCUGAAUGUGAAUGAACGAAAGCAUCAGCAAAAGCAACGAUUAUACCCACAUUUUAGUCAACACAGGGAAGAAAUCUUAGAAGGCAUCUAGCUGCUCGCUGGGUAAAUUCAAUAGAGAACGAAGAGAACCAACAACUACUGCCUCCUUCAUCUACAUCAAGUUCACAAGACUCAUCUGAUAUCAAAACAUCAACCUCCAAGAAGAUCUAAGACUGAAUAAGUACUUAGAUUUGGAUUUCCGACCAAUAAAAUGAAGAUGUCCGCUAGUACCACUGCUGCAGUUCACUCUGCAACUCGUCGCUCUGGUGGAAGUACAGGAACAACCUCGGCAAAGAAAAACCAGUUCUGUUAUCGCUGGCUUCCGUUUCUUGCUACUGUUAAGGCCUCCCCAUACCCAUCUCCAAAAGCGUCUUACGCCUGUACCAUAAGGGGAAAGCGGCUUAAGAUAAGUCACAAGAUCGAUUAGGGUGAGCGCUAAUACUAUGCUUCUUCUGGCGGGUUUCUCUUCUUUCGUAGAAGCUGCUGGGAGCGGUCGUGGGGAUGUACUGUCGCAACGACCACGAGCAAUGUUAGAAGAGGGACCAGAAACCGACGCUGAAGCAUUGACGAUGCAGAAUCAAUUAUGGCUAAUUGUUAUCCGCUUUGAUGUAAUUGUGCAUGUCGUACUGAAAAUAAUCUCAGUCACAGGAACAAAUACGUGUCUUCCUCUUCGAUGAUUAAGGUGAAGCAUGCACCAGGGACGCACAGUCUGUAAGAGACGACCGGUUAGCGUUAGUAGUUAUUUCCCUUGUCUGUCUACUACUACUCCCUUUUUUUUUGUUCAUGUUCAAAAAUAAAAAGUACUUAGAAUUAAAUUGAAGUAUUGAAAUGGAUUCAAAAUAAAAUGUAGAAAUACGUUGCUACAUAUUUUUUUUACUACACUUCGUUCACCUUUUCAGCAUUCUACACUUUCACCUUGUGUGAAGACCUAGCAAAGCCAUCCUAUCCUAUCCUAUCCUAUCCUAUCUUCAAAGUCUGGUGCUUGUUCUUGUUAGAUAGUACACUUCACCUCCUCAACAGCUGCUUCUAACAAGAUCGAAGGAAAUCGAAUGGCAACGAGCGGAUAUCGAAAACGCAGUGAUCGACUGGAUGAUGUUUUCGAGUAUGAGCGUGAACAACGAGUUUGGCGUGCCAGACCGUGUAAAAGAUCGGCUCUCGUCUGCAGCAUGCCUCAAGUUUAAGGCUGCUCAAUAAGCCUAGAGAUGAGACAAAAAGUCAAAAAUGUUUGUAAUGAUGUCCGUUGAUCUUCUGAAGAGUCUGACAUAGAGUUGUACCGCAGAGUGGCUCUCGCAUCCUUGGGUUCCUCAACAUCUUGAAUCAUCCACACUCCUCGUGAGUCUUUGUAAUAUAGUUUUCAAGAACGACGUCGCGCCGAACAACUAGUACGACGCCCUUUUGGCAGUCUGCACUGUAUUUUGUGCGACGAGCUUUAUUGUACUUAAUAUUGCAUUGCGCGCCGUUCUUCGUUCUCGUAGAGGCAACUACUACAUCUAGAUCUAGAUCAUCUAGAUUGAUUUUCUUGAUUGCCAAGUAGUUGUUUAUAUUUUCCUUUCGUCUAAUGAGGUGAUCGUGAACGGAAAUAGUGAAGCCGGAGGCGCCAUACGUCGCGUGCUCUCUGCUUUUCGUUCUAUCCGACGAGGAGCAUCAGCAACAGCACGAAUUGAUUGGGAGUAUGUGUCCAUAGGCAGCCCGGCUAAUCGUGCAUUACUUGCGGCCAUUGAAUGGUUGGGUUACUGCAAGCCCGGAAACUAA